UCGUGUGUCAGUCAAACGCGAAGUGAGAUCCCCGUCAAAUUUUGCAGUCGCGUUGCUGAAAAAUCGAAAACUCGCAGGAAAAUCUCCCGUAAAUCGUCGCGUUUUCCGCCGUGUGGAACCGUUUACUUUCCGCUCCGACCUUCGGGAAGUGUUUGUGCGCGCGCGUCGAUUCCGUCGUCGGUGCGUUCCCGUUGCGGGCGGAACCGAUUCCGGCCACACAAAGAGGCUUCCGCGAGCGCGAGGGGGCAAAAUGUCUGGCGAUUGAUGACCGAGGCAAGGCCCUCUGCUGAUUGGAGGAGUGUGUGUGUGUUUGAUUCGUGUUAAGUGCUGAAGGUUGAAGACAACGACGCCGACGGUUGCAUCAGUCAGUCAGGCAGCCAGUCUGGCGGGAAUGUCCCUGGCUAUGGUCGCUGGCGCUUCGUGGCCGUGUGGUGAAAAUGUGCCAAAAGUGGCCAUCCGUUCGACGUUCUAGCGAGCUUCACAGGCGGCAUACGGCACUGACGGUGACGGCGACGGCGGUGUUCAGGAGAUGCAAACAUAAUAUCAAUUAGCACCACGAACCUGUGACAAUAAUAUGAUAGUGCGGCGUGCGGCGGUUCAACAGCAGAGAGUUGGUUCGUUCGUGGCCGUAUUUGGUGGAAGAAGAAAACGAAAAACAAUGAGUGUUGAAGUCAAUCAAACGGAAGAACAACAAAAGUAUCAAUAGUGCGUGUGCAAUCAAGUUGUAACAAUAACAGGAAAGUAAAACGUAAAAGUGUGUGUGUGAGUGAGACUUCCCACUCCUAAUCCUAACCCCUCCCUCCGUUCCCCAACUACAUCCCGUAGUAUGCCGAUAAUGAGGCCGGGGAGUUUGAAGGACCCCGAGAUAGCGGAACUGUUCAACAAGCAUGACCCGGAGAAGAUAUUCGACGAUCUGCGCGAGAUCGGCCAUGGCUCGUUCGGUGCGGUCUACUACGCCAAGUGCAAUCUCACGCGCGAGAUUGUCGCGAUCAAGAAGAUGUCCUACAUGGGCAAACAGAGCAUGGAAAAGUGGCAGGAUAUCCUGAAGGAGAUCCGCUUCCUGCGGCAGCUCAACCACCCGAACACGAUCGAGUACAAGGGAUGCUACCUGCACGAGAACACCGCCUGGCUGGUGAUGGAGUACUGCGUGGGGUCCGCGUCCGACAUCAUCGAGGUGCACAAGCGGCCGCUCAAGGAGGAGGAAAUUUCCGCCAUCUGUGACGGCGUGCUGCGCGGGCUCAGCUAUCUGCACUCGCUCGGCCGGAUUCAUCGCGACAUCAAGGCGGGCAACAUCCUGCUGACGGAGCAGGGCAUCGUAAAGCUGGCCGAUUUUGGCAGCGCGGCAAUCAAGUGUCCCGCUAACAGCUUCGUCGGCACGCCCUACUGGAUGGCACCGGAGGUGAUCCUGGCGAUGGACGAAGGCCAGUACGACGGAAAGGUGGACGUGUGGUCACUCGGAAUAACCUGCAUUGAGUUGGCCGAGCGGAAGCCGCCCUACUUCAACAUGAACGCCAUGUCCGCCCUGUACCACAUUGCGCAGAACGAGGCUCCGACGCUGCAGGCACCGGAUUGGACCGACCACUUUCGUAGCUUCGUGGACUUUUGUCUGAAAAAGUCGCCGCUCGAUCGGCCCAACUCGACCAAACUGCUGAGCCAUUCGUUCAUGACGAGGAUACGGUCGCCGAACGUGCUGAUCGAUCUGAUUGCUAGGACGAAGGCUGCCGUCAGGGAGCUGGACAAUCUGAACUACAGAAAGAUGAAGAAGAUCCUGAUGGUGGACUCGUGCGAAACGGAGAGUAACGUUGGUGACCCGGAGGACACUCCGGACGAGCAGAUCGGUGGCGAUAGCAGUAAGAGCAACAGCAUAACCUCGGAACACUCGCUGCACUCGGUGGACCAGCACGGUGGAGUGCUGCGGAACGCGUCGAGGCAUCGCGGGAUGGGUGGACCGGGGUUGCCGCCGCUGCACAGCAACAGCAGCAUGAACAACAUCGGCGGCGGAGGUGGCAUGGGAGGUGGAGGUGGUCGUGAUGGCCGCGAUGGACUGAUGCAGGGCGACGGGCUGAAUCGGUUAAGCCUGGGCGUGGGCAGUAGCAGCGGCAUGGGAAGUAUCAGCGCCGGGGGCAGCGGUUCCGGCUCGAUGGGGGCCAGCAUGGGCGGCUACCACAACUCGUCGUCUAGUCCGGUCGUGCCGCAUCAUCAUCCGCAUCACAACCACGUGUCGCAGGCGGCCGCCAGUGCGGUGGCCGAGCAUGGUGCCAACAAUUUUGCUACGAUUAGGACGACCAGUAUUGUGACGAAGCAGCAGAAGGAACACAUGCAGGAGGAAAUGCACGAACAAAUGUCCGGCUACAAGCGAAUGCGCCGAGAGCAUCAGGCAGCCUUAGUGAAGCAGGAGGAGCGGUGUAAGGUUGAGAUGGAACAGCAUAAGGGAGCACUAGACAAGGAAUAUGAUCUUCUACUACACAACUUCACUAGAGAACUAGAUAAAUUAUCUGUCAAACAUCAGCAGGAGAUCGAACGUAGAGUUAAGCAAAACAACGGCGCCGAAAAGAAACUGUACAAGGAGAUAUCGACCCGGCAGGACGGCGACCGGAAGGCGUUCGAGAUGCAUAAAAAGAAGGAAUACAAGGCGAACAAGGAACGCUGGAAGCGCGAGCUGUCGAUGGACGACUCGACGCCGAAGCGGCAACGGGAUGCCACCCUGCAGAGCCAAAAGGACAACCUGAAGCAAGCGGAGGCUCAAGAGGAGCAGCGGAUGCUGCGGGUACAGAAGAACUACAUCGAACUCGAGAUGCGCAAGUUCCGGAGGAAAAAGAUGGUCCUGCUGCACGAUCUCGAGAAUCAGCUGCUGCGGGAUGAAUUGAGCAAAAAGCAACAGCAACUCGAGCAGGCCCACGGGAUGCUCAUCAAGCACCACGAAAAGACUCAGGAUCUAGAAUAUCGACAGCAGAAGAGCGUGCAUGCCCUCCGCGAGGAGCAAAUAUCAAAACAACACGAGAGCGAACUGCGCAACCAGAAGGAGUACAUGGACCGGGCCGAGCGGGAACUGCUGAGGAAGCACGCGCUUGAACUGAAACAGCAACCGAAGAGUUUAAAGCAAAAGGAGCUCCAAAUCCGUAAACAGUUCCGAGAGACGUGUAAAACUCAAACGCGCCAGUACAAGGCACUGAAAGCUCAAAUCCUGCAGACGACGCCUAAGGAGGAACAAAAAGCUGUGAUAAAGAAACUGAAGGAGGAGCAACACCGGAAGUUAACGUUAUUGGGUGAUCAGUACGAGCAAAGUAUUGCUGACAUGCUGCAGAAGCAGAGCCUGCGGCUGGACGAGAGCCAGGAGGUGGAGUGCCACCAGCUGAAGGACCGGCUCCAGUACGAGCUGGACAUCCUGACGGCGUACCAGAGCAAGAACCGCAUGCAGGCGCAGGCCCAGCGCGACCGGGAGCGGAAGGAGCUCGAGGAUCGCGUCAGCGUGCGGCGUGCGCUGCUGGAGAGUAAGAUGGACACUGAGCUGCAGCAGUUCAACCAGGAGCGCGCGGAACGGAUUCGGCUGCUCCGGGAGCGGCACGAGAAGCAGCUGGAGGCGUUCGACGAGGAAUCGGCACGGAUGGGCUUCAGUGCACUGGCGUUGGCCGAAGCGUCCAAGGAGACGUACCCGGACGAGGAGGGCAGCCUGUCGGGCUCGAUGCUGAGCCUGGCGCACAGUAACAGUUCUACCAGCUUCCCGGCCGGCUCGCUCUAGCACAGAUCCCGCUGGACCGGCACCGCCACGUCGUCGAGUCACAACUCUAUGUAGGGCUCCUGGGAGUAAGGUAUGACUGCGGGGAAUGGGACGUCGUGUGCAAAACAACAGAUUGUGGGUCGUCGGUUCCAGUUUCGCGAGAGUGGUUGUGCCUCGAAAUCGGAAGCUUUAUGUUUUUUUUUGUUUGUUUCGUGCUCGUGUUUUUAUUCGUUGUUAUAUCUGCACGCGCGCUCGUUUGCAGAGUUAAGAAAAAUGCCAUCGUUAUCAUUUUUCCUGAAGCUUUUUUCUCCUUACUCUUUACCCAAAUCUGUCCAAACUAUUCUGGAAGUGAGCUCUGCUAGAGAAUCGCAUUCCUUCUAAAUUCUAGUCAAAUUAUCGUUUCUUUCUUUUAACCUGACGAAUGUGCUCGUUGUUCACUGCACGGGAUGAAGUGGGACGUCGCGGAUGUCCUCUCGAGAUGAUAAUACUCAUGUUGAAUUCGAAUGAUUUAUAGUUGCUAGGACCAUCAAACACAAACACAUCUCGUAGUCGUCGUCAUUUGUAAAUAAUCGUGCAUUCGCUUGAGCCACACCAACACGUGCGUGCGUGUUUUCUAAGCUAUGUUAUACUCUUGUGUCAAAGAAAGAAUAAAAAUUUAUAAAAUAAAGAAAAGGUUCAAAGUCGUACGCUAUUUGUGCUAGUUGCUGCAACGCUUUACUCGCUGCGGCCCCUCAGACGUCCCAGUUGCAGUGGAACUCUGCGUUCGUUGUCCCCUUUUCCGCCGUUUCCGGAAUGUGUUUCGAGGCAUCACCACUCUCUGAACUGCGCGGGUGAGCAAUGCAAACGUUGGGCGUGUAAAAAGGGGAAAAAAAAACGUAAGAGAGAAAGAGUAGAAGUGAAAACAUGUUUCUUUACAUUAUAAGUAAUACUACUUACCUUAUAAAAUAUUAUACACACAAACACCCAAACACACACACACACACACACCCAUAUGAGCAAACACACCGUAGGACCUAGCUGUCGGAAGAAUAAAUCUUUGUUUUUAGUUUUCUAAUUUAAUCUAGUGUCUAUAGAUGAGAGAAGCAACAAUAAAAAAAACAUGAAAACGAACAAAAAAAAAAGGCUUGUCGCGCGCUCGGUGUUAAAAAGCGUGCGCGCGCGUGCGUUUUGAUCAAAUCAGUAGCGUGUGGUAAUUUAUAUUUAUAACCGACAUAGUUUACCAUUUCCGCUCUACAGUUCCCUCGUGUUGUGUACAUUUUUCUUAGUUUAAUUUUGUAAUUAUUAAAUUUACAUUAAAACACACACAUAUACUGCGCGCGAUUCGUUUAUAGUUUCACCACUAAGAGAGAAAAAGAGAAAAGAGAGAGAGAGAGUGCAGUCGCAUUAGAGAAAGAAAUCGUUAUGUUGUGGUAUGUAAAAACCAACUGAAAUUAGUUAUUUAAUGUUUUAGUUAUAAAACAAUUUAAGUAAACUCCACAGAAAGAUUAAAAAGAAGAAAAAAAAAAUCAAUAACGUAUUGUAAUUCUCUCACAAUUGCUAAGAUUACAGCUAGAUAAACUAAUUUAAUAAAGCCGAAAAGUAUAUUAAAAACAAAACAAUUACACACAACACUCUUAUAAACGAAAAGAAAAAGAAGAAAAAAAUAAUGCUGCUAGAGCUUUUUUACCUUAUUGACAGUACAUAUUACUACACACUGAACUAAAACCAACAAAAAUUAAAGAAAACAAGAGUAAACAAGCAAGUGAGCCAGAAAAAAAAGUUAAACCAAGCAUGCAACGAGAGACAGAGAGCGAGCGAGAGGGAGCGAUAAUCUGUGUGUGUGCGAGAGAAUGUGACAUUUUUUUAAACUGCAAAGCAAAAAAAAAAAAAAAAUAGAAUCGAUUUGUUUCGUUAUGAAACAGCGCAACAACCAUGAUUAACAGCAAAAAAACACUCACGCUUUGCAAACGUGUAACAAAUUUUUCACACUAUGAAAAAAAAACGAGGAAAAGAGAGAGAGCAACAAAUCGGUAAUUUAAUCAAGAACAAGCGACGAAGAAACAAUUUAAGCAAAACACACACUCAAUAAGCGCGCCGCAGCAAGCCAAUACCAAUUAAUACAGAAACUACAACAAAGCAAGACUAAUAAAUGUUUAGGGGGGGGAGCGAAGUUUGCUAAUAACAAUUGGGGAGUGUGGGCGCGUGCGUGUGUCCAGCAAGGAACGUGAGAGGAGGGAAACACUAGAGAGCAGGACAGGAUGGAUUGCUAAUUAUAAACAAAACAAAGGAAGAUAAAACCGUUUCUGAUGAUUGAUGAUUAGAAAGAAGAUAAUAAACACACUAAACCAAUUCAAGUAAUCUAGAAAUGAUAA